UUUCGUGGACCAAGGGGUUCAAUUUGAGACGUGGUCAGCCUCUCAGGACAAACGAGAUAUCACCUUCUCCUUCCCCUGAGGCAUUUCUGCCUGCUGUCGUUGAACGAGGGGUUCAAUUUAAAACGUGAUCAACCUCCUGAAAAAAGCCUUGAAGAAGUACAGGUCUUCCCACAGUGCAGUGUUCAGACUUGGCAUAUACAGUGAUGUGUUCCUGAUUUCCAUACCUGGAGUUUGUGUACAGGUGCCAGAUGCCACAACCGGCUCAACUCCGAGUGAUCAUUGCAGAUCAUGAUGUCCGUAAAGUUGUACUACCAUCUGGAAUCCCUGAGACAUUGGAUGACCUUCACUCAGUCAUUCGUGAUACAUUUUCCAUUGCCAAAGACUUCAGUCUUCACUACAAAGAUGUGGAUUUUGAUGAGUUUUUCACCCUUUUAUCUACAACUGACCUCAAGGAUAAGGACACAAUCAAGGUUGUGUUUCUCCCAAACCAGGAGCCUCCAAUCAUUUUAACCUUAACUGAUGUGACCAACAUGAAUAAUCAGCCUUGUGAGGAGCCCGAUGUUGACGACACCGCAUCUGUGUCAACCGAUGACACACUAAUUCUCUCAUCUGAAGAUAGUCCAGGCCACCGUUCCCAGCGCUGGCCCGCUCAGUUUUCAAUUCCCAGCUUUUCUGGCUUAACAGAGAUCCAAAUUCAGUCAGGAAAUGAGCGCUUCAAUAAAUAUGGGACUCUUCUCACUACCAAAGAUUUAAUUCCGCUACUCCCAGACAUCCUUGGAAAACUAGCGGAGGCUAUUUAUGAGUACACUGCUUAUCCAUCUAGUCUGCAGAUCAGUGAGGUUGCAGAGGCCCUCACUCAAAAGCAUCCCUGCCUCAAAGAACCAGGCUCAUUUAAUGGGUCCUAUGGAUGGGCGCAGCGCCUAAAAUAUAAGAUGAACAAUUUCAGAAGCAAACUACGAGGUCUCGGCUGCCCUGAAGUUGAAGUGAACUCACUCAAGAGAAAACAAACACAUGACCAGUAUCCGGCAAAGAAUCUGAAAAAACCAAAGAAGGCGGAGGUGAACUACCUACCCCCUCAUGCUCAAGGUGAAACUACUGCAAGUUUGGAAAAAGAGAGAGUGGAGCUCCUAAGUGAAAUGAUGAAAAGGGACAACUCCAAGGUGGUAGCUCAGAAAAUGGCCAAGACAUUCAGCCUUCGUCGGGAGGAAAUAGUGAAAGAGGCCCCUGCAAUCAGUGAAUGCAUGAAGCGCUGGCCUGCGCUUUUUAGUGAAGCACAGAUAAGUGAAGAAUUCAAGAGGAUAACAACAGUUAACCUACAAUCGACCUUUCUGGCCAAGCUUGACCAGUGCACCCCGAAAUUGAUGGCCUUGACCCAAUCAAAAGGAGGAGCUGCAGGCCUGAAGAUAAGGAACAUUAAGGACAUGCUUCUUGAGGACAACACAGUUGAAAGGCAGAGAGAAAUUGCCAUUCGCUGCCUCAUGGUCUAUCUUGGAGAGAAGGAGGAGGACCUUUUCAAACAGUACCGGGAUGUAGAGGAGCUUGACGCAGACCUUGCGAUGCAAGUGAUGAAGAUUGCCAUCAUCGGUGAUGGGUGUGCAACCAUCGUAGUCGAGGGAACCAAGAUCCUGCAGGGGAUUGAUGUCGCCAGAUCCUGUGCUUUGCUGAUGGGAGUAAUCUAUGCUCUUAACCUAAGGUACCCCAAGCAGUUGAAAUUUACCUUUGAGGCAUUCCAGAAGCUAUGUCUUGAGCUUGAUGGACAAAAAGCCAGCUCUAAAGUAAUGAAUCUCAAGUAUGGUAUUUUUUAGCGUGAGGAAAAAGCUCACAUCUCACGCGUGCGUGCGCGCGCACACACACACAUCCAUCCUUGUUCUUUUGUUUCUUUGAUUGGAUGAAUAUCUACUGAGUGAAGGUAUCAGCUUAGAAAAGGAUGACCUCUGUUCUCUGAGGGUGUUUGUCUUUGUUGAACUUUAUAUGCAGUGCCUCCUUUUGCUGGAGUUAGGAGUUUGAGCAGUCUGAUGUGAUCAGAGAUGAUAAUGUUGAAAUUAGUGCUUUUAAUGUACAGCCAUCUGUCUUUUUUUUUGUAUAAUUUUCAUGUGUACAAGUCAAAUGAUGGUGAUUCAUGCACAGGGUUUUAGUUGGUUUUAUAACAAUGUUCCUCCUCAUAAAGCAUCUGAGUGCAUGGUGCUGUUUGCACUUUAAAGGAUUUAGUGCUACUGUGAAUUUUAAUAAAUGUUUCUAGUUAAUUUGAA